AUGCCACGAUAUGAACAAAAAUCAGAUGAACCAACAACCGCUCGCGCUAUUAUAGCAUCACUUUCAGCAGGAGCAUGUGCUGGGGGUUUAGCAAAAACUACAAUCGCCCCACUGGAUAGGACGAAGAUCAAUUUCCAAGUGUCUAGCACAAAAGGUUAUUCAUUCAAAGCUGCUUUAAAGUUUGUAAAGCUCACCUAUCAAAAUGCUGGUUUUCUUGCAUUAUGGAGAGGUAACUCUGCCACUAUGAUUCGGGUUGUGCCUUAUGCAUCUAUACAGUUCUGCGCACAUCAAGAAAUUAAAAAAGUAUUAAGAGUGGAUAUGAAUGGCAAGAGGACUCCAUUUCUACGUUGGUUGGCUGGAGCUUCUGCGGCUGUUACCGCCACUUCAUUAACCUAUCCUUUAGAUACUGCGAAAGCGAGGCUUGCCACUUCAACAAAGGCUGAGUACCGAACUCUGCGUUCUGUUUUUGUAAAGACGCUUUUAUAUCGAGGCAUAGUUCCUACUAUAAUUGGAGUUAUUCCUUAUGCUGGGGCCAGUUUCUUUACUUUUGAGACGCUUAAAUUACUUUACGUAGAAAAAACGGGUAAAGAUGUCACACCUUACUUCCGGUUGUUAUUCGGUGCUUUUGCUGGGCUGAUUGGGCAAUCUUCUUCGUAUCCAUUGGACAUUGUGCGAAGACGGAUGCAAACAGGUCGGAUUCCGCGAGGACAAAAUAUGUUUGUCAGUUUAUGGAAAGUUUACGAAGCAGAAGGUAUUCGAGGUGGAUUGUACAAAGGAUUGAGUAUGAACUGGAUAAAAGGGCCUAUCGCUGUUGGCAUUAGUUUCACGACGUUUGAUUAUACUCAUGCUUACGCAAAAAGAUUUGAGUAUAAGUUGUAUACUUUCUCUGAAUAUAUUCGAUCUAUGUUUUUUUAAAG